CACACACAGUAUGAGUAAAGAAGAAGUAGGAUGCGCUCCGUGUAUAAAUGCCGGUCCGGGACUUUUAUAGGCUACACGCACUUUUAGACGUGUUUAGUUCAAAAGAAAAGAAUUUCAACACACUUUCGGCUGUGCGUUUGUGGAAGAUUUGGAUUUAGCCCGGGAAUACACGCUCCGCGAGGCGCGAGACCGGCAGAAGCACUCAUACAAUAGCUGUGAUAUCUGGAAAAAGGACUCUUUCUGCCGGAGGCACCACAGAUUCCACAUUGAUCAAGAGACAGAAAGAAAGGAAGAGAGUGUUUGCGAGAACGGCAACGCCUGUGUGUGUGAAAAAGGGGGAGAGAUGUAUGGCACAGUCAUACUUUCUUCUUUUCUUUUCUCCCUCCAUGCAAGUUGCACUAUACAGUUGCACGGACAUCAUGGGAGGAGAGUAUGUUCUGGGAAAGCCAACAAAGUGGUAUCCAGUACAGAAUCCUUCCUACAGCCUGUACACAAACCCUACCUCACCACAUGUCCCAACCAACGCAUCUGUAGCACAUAUAAGACCGUGUAUAAAGUCUCUUAUAGACAGGUGAGCCGGCUAGAACAUAGCUCCCACAUCUACUCAGAAUGCUGUCCAGGUUGGCGGCGUGUUCACUCACUCAACUGUAAUCAUGCAUUAUGUGUGCAGCCAUGUCUUAAUGGUGGAUCCUGCACAAGGCCAGAUCACUGUGCCUGUCCCAUUGGCUGGACAGGAAGCUACUGCCAGAUAGAUGUGAAUGAGUGUAAGGGGGGACAUGGUUGCAGUCACCAGUGUGUGAACUCUGCAGGAAGUUAUCAGUGUGUGUGCGCUGAUGGAUUCCGUCUGGCUGAAGACAGACGAUCUUGUCUAAGCCUUUGUGCUCUUCCUCUUCCUCCUCAUACAACUGUAGCCAGCCAGCCUGAAGUAGACAAUCACCUAUCCACAAAUAACAGUAGAGGUGGAGAGGAAGGGCUGGUGGCUAAUGUUACAGAAGAGGUCCAGAGACUCAGGAAUAGAGUACAGCUGCUGGAGCAGAAAUUGGAGAUGGUUCUCGCACCAUUUUCCACACUCUUUCCUCCAGAGGAGGACAUGACCAACACAAAUGGUUUCCUGUUAGACAGGACGGAUUUCCUGUCAGACCAGACCAACUUCCUGUCACACUCACUGCGACAGCUGGACAGAAUAGACUCUCUCAGUGAGCAGGUCAGCUUCCUGGAGGAGCGUCUUGGAUCAUGCUCGUGCCAAGAAAAUUAGAUGAUCAACAGAUUGUGCAACAAAGCAUACCUGCAACACACAACUAAACACACCCUACCUUUAACUUCGGGAGAAAGAACGCUUAACCAGCCCUGGAAUCUGCACUAGUGUGGGCAUGUUACAAACUUGUAAUGUUUAACACUGACUCACCAGACCAUCUUUAAAUAUACUCUGUGACCCAAGUACUGUAUAUAAGUAGUAAGUAUGGACACCUGACCUUUACAUUGAUAUAAGUGUGCUGAAAAUCCCAUUCCAAAAACAUGGACAUUAGUAUUGAGUGCCCCUUUACAGCUA